UCUGGCAAUGCUAAGUUUUUGGCAGAACAAAAAAGAACCCAAAAAGUUUUCAUCAGUUCACCGAGAUUUUCACUUUCUGGUGUAUUUAAUUUCUGUUGACCAUUUGCGCUUUAUAGUUACUCAAGGGCAAAAUCCAAAUCAAAACCUUCAAAAUAUUGUCAGUGAUUACCAAAAAAGGAUGAAAAUCGACUCUUUUGACGAGUAGGCGCAAAAAAAGCUGGAAGUGUGUGGAAGUACCGAAUCAACGACGGAAACCGUCUGUAUGUAAGUGUUGUGCAGCAGUUGCAAAGAGCAGUGUAGAACGGAGCGCUAGUGGAAAGAGGUAGUAAAUUUAUCCGCUGCGUUUGUGGGGGGCAAACGGUGGAUGAGUAUACAGCCGCAGCGACACCAACAGCAGUCGUCGCAAUAAAAGAAGCAGCAGGAAAAGCGCGGAGCAGUGACAAAAUUGCGUCCGAAAAAUGCGAAAGUAAAGAAAAAGUGAAAUUCCGAAAUUGGAAUUAGUAGCGACGACAGACAACGACAAACGAAAAAAGAUCGUGGAAGGAUGAUAGCAUGAACAAGGGAGAAAAAGUGAUAUAGAGUAGGAGUCAAAGACAAAAUUGCAGAAAAUGCAAAAAAAAAUCAUUGUGAAAUGAACAACGAAUGGAAUACCAUUGUUGAAGUUACGAAUCGGCUAGCUAAUUAACACUUUGCUUUUUCAUUAAAUGCAAAUCUUUGCCGCGCGGCAAUUGCAUGCUACUGCUGUAGGUAAAAGGGGAGAAAAAUACAUACAUACAUAGGUGCUGUCAUAUAUUGUUGCGCGCUUGCUUACCACAUUCGCCCUUGCCUCGCCUACGUCACAACCAAGUGAACGCACAGCACCACUAAUUGUGCUUUCGCGCUUUAACGCAUUAUUUCUGUAGAAUUUUCAUCGCAUUUGUUGAAACGUUGCUUUGUUUGAUGAAAUUAUGUUGAAAUCGUCCUCUAAUGCACAGGAACUGCGGCUGUCCCGACCAGAGAGCACAGUACCACAAUCAACAAUUACAUCGGCAGCCGGCACCAUGGACACAUUGAAAACAUCAUUCCUACCAAAUCUGGCAAUGGACGGCGGAGUUAUUACAUCGGCUAGCUUUUGCCCGAUGUGUGGGCAACAAUUUGAAAGACCUCAACAUGCCCAGGAGCAUAUGCAAUUAUGCCAUGGCAUAUCGGCUGGCAUGAUUGGCGGCGGCGGUGUCAUUGGUGGUGGCGGUGCAAGUGUAGGUGUGGGUGGUCUGUUGUUGAGUGGUGUUCCACAACCAAAUGCACCUGUCACUGACCCCAUGAAAAUCGAGUAUCCCUGCAUGAGUUGUGAGGAGAAAUUUGGUUCAGCGCAAGAACUGGACGAACACCAUCGUAUAAUACAUCAAUCAACGGCGUUCUUGGCACGUUGUAUGGCAUGUGGCAUUUACGGCAUUUCAUCGGUUACGCUGCACGAAGGUGAUGAGUUUAAGUGUAUGCAUUGUGGCUCCGUUAGCACCGCAUCAAAUAUGACUGCGCCUCAGCAACCACCCUAUAUGGAUCAACCUGAACCUCCGCAAACGCCAGAGGAAAUGCCUUCUAUACCGCCUGAGGAAAUGAAUACUAUACCACCGGAUGAAUUGAAUUCUAGACAGAACCAACAGCAGCAGCAAAGACAACAACAGGUGCAGCAGCAACAGCAGCAUCAACAACAGGUGCAACAACAUCAGCAGCAGCAACAGCAACACCAACAGCGACAACAACAACCAGAUUUGCUUGAAGGCCAGCGGCAGCCACAACCUGAUUUGCUCGAUCAGCAGCAACAACAGGUGCAACAGCAGCAGCAGCAACAACAGCAACCGACGCCGCCACAGGCAAAUCAACAGCAACAGCAAGCAACUCAAUUGAAAGUACCGCCCUUAACCGUAAAACUAAAUAAAAAUAGCAAUGGCAACACCGAAGGCCAUCCACAUGUGAUAAUCAAGGAAGAACCUCUUGGCAUUAGCGAUGGUAAUGGUGAUAUAGAGCAGGCCUCAGUGCCGGUGUAUACUAUCCAGCAACCGGCUGGAGCUACCAGUGUUGUAGUUAGCACAGCAACUGCCACCGGCGCCGCAAAUGCGACAGGCACAACGCCAGCAGCAGGCAGUACCACAGCAGCCACCCCUGCAGCAGGAAAUAAAGUGCGUCAUAAAUGUCCAGAAUGUCCGAAAACCUUCAAAACGCCCGGCACAUUGGCAAUGCACCGCAAGAUACACACAGGCGAAGCAGACGUCACGCCCAAAGAACGUCCCUACACGUGCUCCUACUGCGGCAAGUCAUUCACCCAAUCGAACACCCUCAAACAGCACACGCGCAUUCAUACAGGUGAGAAACCCUUUAGAUGUGGAUAUUGUGGCAGGCAAUUCACUGUAAAGGACUACCUGAACAAACAUUUAACAACUCACACGGGUGAGAAACCGUUUAAUUGUAUCUACUGUGAGAAACGUUUCAGUGUCAAGGAUUACCUCACCAAGCAUAUACGCACACAUACUGGUGAAAAGCCAUACACCUGCCCCUAUUGUGACAAGCGUUUUACACAGCGCAGCGCGCUAACGGUACACACGACCAAGUUACAUCCACUCUAGGGAAGACCGAUUGGCAAGGGUAGCCGUGGCCGUUUGUUAACAUAGUCUUCGCUAAGUGAUAAGAUGGUGCCGACGGCUGGUGCCGGUGCAGCCGAGACAUUGGCGAGUGCGAAGACAACAACUGUGACAGCAGCAACAGCAACAGCAACAACAACUAAUACAAAUCAUACAACUGCAACAAUCAAUUUAUCAAUUAAUCAGCCACAACAACAAGAACCACCACAAUUACAGCAACAACAACAACAAUCAGAGGACGUGACAACAAACAAAGAACUCGACUUUGUACUGCAUUCGAUCGGCUUGUAGCGUUAAACAUGUUCCAGCCAAUUGCAGUAGGGGCCACGGCGGCAGUUGAUAAUGAAAUGAGCGCGCAAUUGGAAAUGCAACAAAAACAAAACGAUAAAACAAAGAACAAAUCGCCAAGAAAUCUAUAAAGAAUUAUAGAAAGUUAGUAGAAAAAGUGAUAACGCCAAACAAAAAAAGGACUUUAUUUUCGGCGGCGUUGCUAAAAUGAAAAAAGACGGAAACGCAAAUUAAAGCAACAAUAUAGAACAAACACAAUCAGCUGUAACUAAGUAAAGGCGAAUGCCGGUUAAUUAUGUGUAAUGAUGUAAGUGUGAAAUACCAAAAUGACAAAAAAUCAAAUGCAAAUGAGGACAUGUAAACAGCAACAAGAAAAGUUAAAACGAAAAAACAAAAAUUAUUUAAUAUACAUAUAUACAUAUAAUCUAUUAGUGCUAAAGUUUAGUGAAAAUGUGGGACUACCACCGUCUAAUUGUACGAGUAGUUUAUUAAAUGCAAAGUUCAAAUAUAUACAUACAUACAUAUACACAUAUAUUUGAACUUUUUAACAUAAAACUAACCUAAAUCUAAUGUUUAAUGUUUCAGGUUUUUAUUUUUAAUUUUUGUAAUUUAUAAAAAAAGUCAUAUAUAUGUACAUAUGUACAUAUAAAACUAAACAUUUUUAUAGUGCAUUAUUGCUUGUUUCGUAACCGAGCUGUGUUGAUAUCCACUUAAAAUUGUCACUUUUUGAAUUGUGCAUUGCUUGCUUGUUUAUUGUAUAUUUUUUGUGAUUUUUAUGAGCAUUUUAUAUAUGUGGUUUUUUGAAAAAAAAAUUAUAAACAUGUAUACAUAUUACAUAUGUAUAUUUAAAAAAAUUUGCUUGUAAAACGAAUAAUCGAUUUGAGUAAACAAUUUAAAAUUUAUCAGUUUAUUAAAAUUAUGAGGUAAAUGCAAUUUUUUAAAUAAUUGCUGUUAUUUUAAAUUAUUUUUUCUUAAAUAUUAAAAUUGACUUCAUAAAUAUCAAAACUGUUUUUUAAAUUUUAAAAUUAAUUUUAUAAAUAUUAAACUUGACUUCAUAAAUUUUAAAAGUAAUUAUAUAAAUAUUAAAAUUGACUUCAUAAAUAUUAAAGUUAAUUUAUAAAUAUUAAAAUUGGUUUUAUAUACAUUAAAAUUAAUUUUAUUAAUAAUAAGUUCUAAUUUAUGUUUUUUGAAUACCGCUUUUGUAAAAAAAAAUUAUGUAAUUUUAAAAUUUUAACUCCACGCACGCACAAAUUUUUACAAUGUAAAAGCAGCAUUACAUAAUUGUAUAAAUAUAUUGUCUAACAUAUUUAUGAACCAUUUCGAGACAUUAAAAUACUGAAUAACAUUUUUUUUUCGUAUCAUGAAAAAUUAAUUUUGUAUUAUAUGCGUUAAAUUUUUUUUUAUAAAUUCUGUAAAUACUUUACUUACUUUUAUUAUGAAAAUGUAAAAAAAAUUUGCUUGAUGUUGAGAACAUCUUUUUAAAUGUUUAAAAAUGUGUUGGUCAUAUUUUAAGUACAUUAAGCUAUUAAUGCCUUUUGACGACCUAAAACUCAAAAAUUAGACCUGAGCAUCAUUUUCCGUCUAAGAAACGUUCUCACGAUUUUUACUGCAAAGCUAUAACUUUUUAGUUUAUUUUUUUUUGUUGUAUUUUUAUUGUUUUAUUUUUUUUGUUUUAUUUUUUUUUUUUUUAAAUUAGUAAUAUGUGAGUGUGUAUGUAUGUUUUCGUUUUGCUUUGCUUCGAGAAAUUAUGUUUAAAAUAUAUUUUAACCUUUUUUUGAAUAUCCGUUUAACAACGACUAAGAAAUUAAACAAAAUAGCGUGAAAAAAUAGCAAUUUUCAAUUCGAUCUGCAUCAACAUUAACCCAAUUAAUCCAAUAUUUGUCUCUUGUUUAGCACAUGUACAGAAAAAAAUUUAGUAUAAUUGUAAAAAAAUUUUUGUAUAUUUUUGUUUUCUCAAAAUUUUUUGUAUUUUUACUCUUAUAAUUUUAGUGAUAUUUUCAAGUGGAAUAUUAAAUAUUUUUUUAUGCGCAUUGACUGUAAUGAUACAUACACACAUACAUACAUAUUUACAUACUUACAAGUAAGAUUUUAUUUUAAUUUCUUUUCCCACAACAGAGCGGGAUCUCUGCUGGUUUUAAAUACAUAUAUUUUUUUUUUUACUUUGCUCUUUCACAUAAUUUUUCAUAUUUUAAAGUUACAUAAUUUUAAAGUUAGUAUCUUUUAUAAAACGUAGUUUGAUAAAAAACAGAAAACAAAUUAUUAAAUUAUUGUGUUGAACAUUUUUGUGUCUACCAUUUUGAUAUUUGUUACAUGCCUUGCGUAUUUUUUUUACCAUACAUAACGAACUAUUUUUAUUUGUUUUCACAUUAUUUAUGAAUUUUAUUACGAAAUAAUUUCUAAACACUUGUGCGUAUAUAUUUUUCGCAUUUUAAGUUAAUAUAAGUUGUAGGAGAAAAGCAAUGAAUUAAGAUUAUGUAAUAAAUGCAAUUGUAACAGCUUUACACUAAACCACAAAAACAAAUAAAAUAACAAAACCGCUUGCGACAGCAUACUAAUCGGCGUGCUUGCGUUAUAAUUUUACGCAAUGUGCAAUAAAUGCAAAUAGCUACAUAUAUACAUAUAUAUAUAUACAAUAUAUACACACAUAAAGAAAAAACAACAAUAUUUGUAAUUUAGUCUAUAAGUGAAAUUUUAAAUGCAACAAAACUAACAAGUCAAAAACAGCAACAAAAUACCCUUAAAAUACACUAAAAAUACGAACAACUAUCAUUGAGGAGCGAUGAUAAAACGAACAUUACUACUAACAUGCAAAAACAACAACAGCAACAUAUAAACAUAUACAGACAGUGUAACAGUAAAUAAAUUAAAUUAAAUCAAAAAUCAAAAAAUAAUGAAAAAACAACAAAAACAGUAGAUUGUGAAACUACAACCAACCAUUUUAUGUAAAUUUAUACACUCGUAGCACAAUGAUUGCAUAAGUUGAUACUAAUAAACAAAACUAAGCAACAACUUAAACUCAACUAACAUUAAAAGAAAACUGCAACAUAUUAUGUAAACUAUAAUAUAUUUAUAAUCACAAAAAACAAAAACAUGUCACUUGUGGGCAGGCGAACAAAGUGAGCAAGUAUGAAGCAGAAAAAACACCUUUUAAACAAAAGUUUAACGAAAUUGUAAUAAAUUCAGCAAUUAGAUUACAUAUGUUAAGCUUACAACUAUUUUAAUAUAUAAGUAAAUAAUAAAAACAAGACAAAAAACAAACAAAGCUAGUUAAAGUCUAAGACUCACAAGAAAUUUGCAAAGAAAAAACAGUUGCGCGUAAAAAGUCUUUCAAAAUCGAUUUUUAAUUGUCAAAUGUAAUGAAAUAGCAGUAGAACGCAAUCGAUAAAAAAUUAAACUUAAACAAAAACACCAAAAUCAGACUAAGAACAAACGCUUUUGUAUAACUACCUAAACCUGCACCAAUUUACUGUCAGAAAUUAAGCAUUAAAACCAAAAACAAAACAAAAAAAAAAAAGAACAAAAAAGACAAAAACAAAGAAAGCAAGGAAAAAUGUAAAAUUAAGGCAAAACAAAGAAAG